CCCCUCCUUCCCUUCACUCUCCUCAUUUUCGUAAAAGAUCCAAGAAUGGGGCUUACUUUCACCAAGCUUUUCAGCCGGCUAUUUGCCAAGAAAGAGAUGCGUAUUCUUAUGGUUGGUCUGGAUGCUGCUGGAAAAACCACAAUUCUGUAUAAGCUCAAGCUUGGGGAAAUUGUUACCACCAUUCCUACCAUUGGAUUUAAUGUUGAAACCGUGGAAUAUAAAAAUAUUAGCUUCACCGUUUGGGAUGUUGGUGGUCAGGAUAAGAUUCGACCUUUAUGGAGACACUACUUCCAAAACACACAGGGACUUAUCUUUGUGGUUGAUAGCAAUGACCGAGACCGUGUUGUUGAGGCUAGAGAUGAGCUACACAGAAUGUUGAAUGAGGAUGAAUUAAGGGAUGCCGUGUUGCUCGUGUUUGCAAACAAGCAAGAUCUUCCUAAUGCAAUGAAUGCUGCUGAGAUCACUGACAAACUCGGCCUGCAUUCUCUCCGGCAACGCCAUUGGUAUAUCCAGAGCACAUGUGCCACUUCCGGAGAAGGAUUGUACGAGGGACUGGAUUGGCUCUCAAACAACAUUGCGAACAAGGCUUAAGAGGACGGCAGGCUUGGUCUUUACUCUUCUAUUUUUUUCCUACUUUUGUCGAAAUUGUUGUGGCAAGAAAACAGGGGUUCGCUUGCUGGUUUAAUUAUUUUGUUAUCCUUUAAUAUGUACUCUAGAAGUUUAAAAGUAAUCUGUUGGCGUUUGCUUUGCACGAUGCGUAGUAACUAAUCAAAAUAUUCAAAUUCUGUUUAGUUGGUGACA